GGCCUGGCGCCCGUCCUCGCGUGCCCGAGCCCCGACAUCGCGGCCCACAACCCGAUGCCGGACUUCCACAUCGACCUCGACGCCGCCCCCAGUAGCCGUUGGGACGCGGUUGCCGCCGAGCUGAAAGACGCCUACGCGUCGGUGAAGCACAUCCUCGACGGCACCCUCGAGGGCAUGGCGAAA